GGACAGACAGACUACCAACGCAAAGAGGCCUGGAAAUCGCCUGCGACGGUGCCCAUGGGGAACAUUCGACUAAGCCGAGAAAUUGUGGGGUAAAGCAGCUAAAGUUAGCCUUCAAAUGAGGCUUAACAGGCUUAACAUCCUUAGCAAUAGGGACCUCGUGACUCGCUGGCUGUUUGCGGGAUGCGGUUCGCGCUUUGCGGCGGAGGCAUGUGAAAAUGGAAAAUGCUCCCCAACCGAGCUUCGUCAUAGCACAGUCCCGAGUAAUGAGCUUACCUCUCUGACUGACUGACCAGCUGAGACCCGAGUCUUGACUAUUUCUUGUGUCUCCUCCCUUUUGACUUUGACUCUCCUUUCAUUCAUACCCAGUUCAUACCUUUUGUUGCCUUUUAUCGUACCUGGCGACCCUAUCUACGCCCAUCCCGUCCAUCUCAACCCACUCUCCUUGUUCCUUCCCUAGAUCUUAUUGUGUCGCUUCCUUCAUCCAUCAUGUCUAAAACAUUCAGUAAAGCCGACGUUGCGUCGCAUAACAAGCCCGAUUCGUUAUGGAUCGUUGUCGAUGAAGAUGUUUACGACCUGACCAAAUUCCAAGAUGAGCACCCAGGUGGUAAGAAGAUCUUAUCUCGCGUCGCCGGGAAGGAUGCGUCGAAGCAAUUCUGGAAAUACCACAAUGAAGGCGUCCUCAAGAAAUACAAGCCAUCUCUUCAGAUUGGAUCGUUAGAUUCCAAGCCCAAAUCUGAGCCCCAGCCCGCGCCUAAAGCUGAGCCCAAAGCCGAGGCGAAGCCAUCUCCCACAUACGCCGCACCCGUACCCACCAAAGCUCCCGUGCAGUCCUCACAACACGAAGAGGCCGAGGCUUUAGAGCAGUACGGUUCUCAGAUCCCCUUUGCCGACCCCAGCUGGUAUCAGAACUACCAUUCUGCCUACUACAACGAAUCGCACGCCGCCUUGCGCGCCGAAGUCCGGGAAUGGGUCGAGCGCGAGAUCGAGCCCUUCGUUACCGAGUGGGAUGAGAAGAAGGAGGUGCCCCGCGAAAUCUUCCUCGAGGCCGGUCGUCGGGGUUACCUGGCUGGUCUGCUGGGCGUGCACUACCCCGUCGAAUACACCAAAAACACCGUCAAGGCGGUACCCCCUGAGAAAUGGGACCUCUUUCACGAGAUGAUCGUCACAGACGAGCUAUCGCGUGUCGGUUCCGGCGGUUUCGUCUGGAAUAUGAUCGGUGGCUUCGGCAUCGGCGGCCCGCCACUCGUCAAGUUCGGCAAGAAGGCCCUCAAGGACCGCAUCUUGCCGGGCAUCCUGACUGGCGAGAAGCGCAUCUGUCUUGCUAUCACCGAGCCUGAUGCGGGCAGUGAUGUCGCUAACUUGACAUGUGAGGCGAAGCUGUCGGAAGACGGCAAGCAUUACAUCGUCAAUGGUGAGAAGAAAUGGAUCACCAACGGUAUCUGGUGUGAUUACUUCACUACUGCCGUCCGGACUGGAGGUGAGGGAAUGAACGGUGUCUCUCUGCUGCUUAUUGAGCGCGAUAUGGGCGGCGUCAGCACAAGACGGAUGGACUGCCAAGGCGUGUGGUCCAGCGGCACGACAUACAUCACAUUCGAGGAUGUCAAAGUCCCAGUAGAGAACCUGCUAGGCAAAGAGAAUCAAGGUUUCAAGGUCAUAAUGACAAACUUCAACCACGAGCGCAUAGGCAUCAUCAUCCAAUCCCUCCGCUUCUCGCGCGUCUGCUACGAGGAAUCCGUGAAAUACGCCUCCAAGCGGCGCACCUUCGGCAAGAAACUCAUCGACCACCCCGUCAUCCGCAUGAAACUCGCCCACAUGGCGCGCCAGACCGAGGCCUCGUACAACUGGCUCGAGAACCUCGUGUACCAGUGCCAGAAGAUGGGCGAGACGGAAGCCAUGCUGCGCCUCGGCGGGGCCAUCGCGGGCCUAAAAGCCCAGAGUACCCUGACCUUCGAGUUCUGCGCGCGCGAGGCCAGCCAGAUCUUCGGCGGACUGAGUUAUUCGCGCGGCGGCCAGGGCGCCAAGGUCGAGAGGCUGUAUCGCGACGUCCGCGCUUACGCUAUUCCCGGCGGAAGCGAGGAGAUCAUGCUUGAUCUUAGCAUGAGGCAGAGCUUGCGAGUGGCAAAGAUGUCCGGGAUGAAAUUGUAAAUGCGCGAUUGUACUUGAGAUGGUGGGAUGAGGGAGUGUGAGUGCAUUAUGUUCGGCGUUAAUUACUUACUUGCGGAAACGAGAUGUGUAUUAUUUACGUGGCGUUGAUGUUUCAGUGCACGCACGUGGGCACGCGUCGUUGUAGUAGAGUAUAUAUAUCAAGAAUUUACAACACCUAUCAGCCGUA